CCUGCAAAACGAUAUGGAAAUAUAUACUCCAUGUGGAUUGGACCUCACAUUCUAGUAGUGCUGUCUGGAUUCAAAACUGUGAAAGAAGUAAUGACCAGCUUCCCACGGGAAUUAUCUGAUCAACCAGAGAAUGCUUACUUGACUGCUAUAGGGAAAAAAAGGGGCAUUAUUUUCUCCAAUGGCCACACCUGGAAACAGCAGCGGCACAUCGGCCUCACUUCUCUGCGGAAGCUGGGCCUGGGGAAGAAAAGCAUUGAGCACCAAAUAGAAGACGCAGCUCAGACACUGAUAGAGGCCUUUAGACAGACAAAAGGACAGCCAUUUGACCCUUCACUUCCAGUAACACAUGCAGCUUCUAAUGCCAUAUGUGCUUUGAGUUUUGGACAUCAGUUUCAUCCUCAAGACGAAAACUUCCAGAAGCUAAUUCAAGCCUUUCAUAUUAUUCUGAACUUCACUAGUUGCCUUUUUCAUAUUAACGUCUUGGCUUCGGUACAGAUGAUCAAUUCCUUUGCAAAGCAGGAAAUAGAGAAACACAAGGAAUCCAGCUGUCUGCAUGAGCCACAAGAUUUCAUUGAUCACUAUCUUCUUCAGAUGGAGAAGAGCAGGAAUAACCCCAACUCUACCUACAAUGAAGAGAACCUGGCACAGUGUAUUUUUGAUUUUUUUGGUGCUGGAACAGAGACAGUCUUCACUACUCUGAUGUGGGCACUGCUACUCUUGACAAACCAUCCUGACAUCCAAGAAAAAGUCCAGAAAGAGAUUGAAGAUGUGUUUGGCUUGUCACGGCCAAUUUCGUAUCAGGAUCAGAAGAAGCUGCCCUACACCAAUGCCAUGAUUCAUGAAGCUGCCGUGAAUUUUUACUUUGCCUGGGAACCCCAGCUAGAAAGACAUAUUUUACACGCUGCAUUUCAUGAAUCACAGCAUCGGUGUAAGGCAGUUUCUUCCAAUCCUGAUAGAAAAUUGUCCCUGAGAAGCCAAACACAUCUUCAAUCUCUUUCUGGACUUUCUCGAGGAAAAAAAAUGAUGGAAAUAGAAACUUUAUUUUAUUCAUUCAAGCCUGUUGCCCCCAAUGUUCUUCAGAGGAUCCGGCUUUUUCCUUCAAGUUAUUGCCAGUUUCUGGGCUCCAAUUCCAGAUUUGCAGCCCCAGUUGGACCUCCGAUGGCAGUUGCCAUCUCAUUGGCCUUUAUGCCACUACUUGCACCAGACCACCUUACAGAGAGCUCCAAAUCCAUGUCUGAUCUCUGA